AUGUCACGUGCCUUAACGCCCCCAACUCCAAAUUCUCACGAAUCGCUGGCUACACCGGCUUCUCAAGCCACACCACCUUGCGAUGACUCUGUCACGGAGUCCGAAUCAGAAACAGAGCCAGACGAACCUGCUGCGGAACCCCCUAGCAAGAUAUUUGAUCGCCCAUCUGUAACCAAUACACGUGUUGCUGCUACCGCUGACGAGGACUCGGUAACCGAGUCUGACUCCGACGACCCGUCUCAGCUCGCUUCUUCCAUUGAAGUGCGCCCAAAUUUCCCGCUCUUGCCCGGCCAACAACGUCAAGGUCCAUUCGUACUGGACGCAAAGUCCCAUGUCAAAGUACCGGCCUCCAUCAAUACGUACUUACGCGACUAUCAAAGGGACGGCGCUAAUUUUUUUUAUGACCACUACAAGCAAGGGUCCGGAGGAUUGUUGGGUGAUGACAUGGGUUUAGUUAUAUCGUUCCUGUCAGCUGUAAUGAAGAAACACGGGGACAGCCGAGACAUCGGUCGACGCCGAGAAUAUGUCUCCCUCCUGCAGGAUCUCCCCGACUGGAAGGAGCGGAGACAAUUACCUGCCGCGAAUCAAGUUUGGCCGACCUGUCUCGUCAUAGCUCCCAGCAGUGUCGUAGGCAACUGGGAGAGGGAAUUUGAGACUUGGGGUUAUUUCGAGGUAGGGCUGUACAUCGGCCCGCAACGAAAAAGGGUUCUGAAUGACUUCAAGAUGGGCCGACUUGAUGUUGUCAUAACAUCUCGCACGACUGCUGCCAAAGACAUCGAGUUACUGAACUACUUGCCUUGGUCCAUUAUCAUCGUGGACGAGGUGCACUAUUUGAAGAAUCCGAGGUCGAAGACAACCGAGAGCUAUCACACCCUGACUCCGUCGGCUGUGCGUUUUGGUUUGACAGGCACAGCUAUUCAAAACUCGUACACCGAGCUAUGGACAAUACUAGAUUGGUGCGUCCCCGGGUGUGUAGGAACACCCAGACAGUGGAAAGGUUACGUCACAAGGCCAUUAUUGCUUGGCCAGUCUGCCUCCGCAAAUGAUGAAGAGAAAAUACAAGCCCAAGUACUACUGCUUUUACCGCGGAAAACUGAUGAAGUCGUGUUUUGUCCAUUGGCAUCCAAGCAAAUUGAAGUCUACAAACGUCUCCUUGCUUCGGACGAUGUGAAGAACAUGAUUCGCAAGGAUGAGUGGUGCGAUUGUGGGUCUCGAUUGAAGAGAAAAGACUGUUGUUAUCCUUGGGAUAAAUCAGUCCUGUUCAAGUACAUGUCGGCAUUGAUCAAAAUAUCUAAUCAUCUAGCACUGAUAUUGCCAGCUCCAAAGGAUACAGCAGAGCAGACCGCAAGAAAUCGCGAACUUACAGACCUCGCUUUCGCCAACGAACCGCAGCCGUCGUAUGGACAGGCAUCCCUUGAACCGAGAUUCUGCGGAAAAUGGCUGAAAUUUCUCGCGGAAUGGAGACGAGAUCCAUCGAAUAAGGUGUUAAUCUUCACGAAGUCCGUCAAGCUUCUGAACAUCCUGGAUUUUCAUCUGCGGAAAGAGCACUAUAAGCUCGAGCGACUAGACGGAUCCAUGAAUCAGGCGGAUCGCAUGCCUGCUGUCGAUAGGUUCAACAACGAUCCGUUUGUCAAUAUCUUCCUCAUAUCCACUAUGGCUGGAGGAACUGGGUUGAAUCUGACGAGUGCUAACAAAGUGGUGAUAUUUGAUCCUGCACACGACCUGCAAGCUAUGGACCGUGCCUAUCGCUUUGGUCAGACUCGCGAUGUGGCUGUUUACCGUCUCCUCGGGGCCGGCUCUAUUGAAGAACUCAUUUAUGCGCGUCAAAUAUACAAGCAACAGCAGAUGAAAAUUGGCUACGAAGCGAGCGUACAAACCAGAUACUUUGAGGGAGUGCAGAACGAUAAGGCAAGACAAGGCGAAUUGUUUGGCCUCGAGAAUAUCUUCAAACUUCAAGAGGAUAGUCUGGCGACGAAGAUGGCCAUUGAGAAGGCAGACCUUGCCAAUCUUGCCUGGGCUUUGCAGAAUAUGGAAGGUAAAUCAAAGAAACGGAGGAAGUCUGAGAAAGGGGGGAAAGCGUCGGCAUCGCAACAAGAAUAUGAUGCAGACGUAUGUUGCACCUUUUGGGACCAUUGCUCCGAGUCUUCUCACUGCCCCCGCAGGUUGAUGUCGGUGGAUUGGACGACUUUCUACUCGAUGACAGUUAGUAGAUACAGGCAUGAAAUUCACAAACGAGCUCACCAUCACUCUUUAGCUUUGCCACAGUCAGCCAAGAAGGAUGAGGUGCAAAAGGCCCUGAAAGAUUACGGAGUCAAAUAUACCCACUUGAACGAUGACAUCCUGAAGCCCAAUCGUAUCGAGGAGCAGCGGAUACAAGCCGCGGCCAAGCGCAAAUCCAAAAAGAAGGAUCCACAUGAGGACGAUUCAUGGUUCACCAAACUUAAAAGACAUCAGCACAAAGCGCCGCCUCGGCAUGAGUCGAGAUUACGAUCUCGGCAAGAGGCUCUCAUAGAGCUCGGUAUGGUAAGGAAUCCCGCGGAGAUAGCUACCUUCGCCAAGGAAUUGUAA